AUGGCGAAUAGGUUUUUUAUUUCAUAACCUUAAAUUAAAAACAAAAAUAGUUUUAAAACCAUAUACCUAAUAAGUUUCUUUCAUAAGCAUGAAUACUUCUGUAGCGAAGCUAGCUCAGAUUAGUUUUCGGUCAAUUAAUUUUACGGUCCAAGGGACUCCGGUUUUGGCGUCUGAAUUACAUACGUCUGCUCCACUAUGCAGGGUUGUAUCUGGAAAGUACAGAAUUACGAAGAAACGCGACAAACCAUUAACGUACGAAAUGGCAAAUCCACCUCAUUACAUCGCUCAUCGCAAAUCCUGGAAUUCGUGGAAUACUUCGAGUUUGAAAGAUGGUCUCCGCAGAUCAGAAACAGCCGUGGAAGACGAAUUCAUUAGAAGAUUUAUGACAGGCACCUGGCAUGGACUUGUUUGUAGCGAGGUUAUAAUAAAACGUCAGUUCAACCAUAUAAGGGUAGCAGCAAUAAUGAGGCGAGCAGUUUCACCGACAAAAAUGUAUUUCUUACUGGGUUACACUGAGGAAUUACUUGCAAAUUGGUUACAGUGCCCUGUAACACUCGAGCUUCAAACUGUCGAUAGUUUCAAGGAUGUCGUGUUUAAGUACAUUUAAUUUUAAUACUGGUAUGAUUUAAUCUACUUUAGUUCAUAUUAGAAUUCUUGAAAUUUAAUGUAAAAUAGAUUAGUGGUUUCUUUUCUGUAUUCAAUGUAGAUAUAAUAAAUGUUAUGUUGACAGUUCACACUUUAUUUUUUGAAGAA